AUGACAAUAUGUUCCUACCCGCCUACAUAUGCCUCCAAUCAACACACCAGCCUCCCUCCUCAUACCACCCCCCCCCCCCCCCCCUCCCUCUCACCACCGCAACCGCCGCCAAAAGACCAGAGAUCAACACGUACCCACAAUGUAACCGCUCUGCAACCGCUCCCAGCCCUACGCUACCCCAUCUACGGAUUACACCCGCACUUCAAGCACUCCACGCAGCAGCUCUCGCAGCACUCAAAGCAACCCGUAAAGACCGCAAGGUACUCUCCGCAGCAGACAAAGAUUGCGCCGCAGCAGGUGUUGAAGAAGCUCGUGCAGUCGGCGUUGGUGGCUGCGGGGCCGAGGUUCCAGCGCGCGGAGGAACUGGUGCCUCUGGGCUCCUCGUCCUCUGAGGUGGACGAGGUGGCGUCCAUGGGUGGGGGGUUGGUGUAG